AUUUGAAAUGACAUCAUCGCUUUUGACUGCAGGCUAGUUCGUCUGUCAAACACAAGUCUGGCACGUUGAAGUACGUUAGCUCUUAAAUAGAAAAACAAACCUUUAAAUUCUUCAAGUUUUUCAUGCGUAAAAAAACCUAUUGUCGUGGUGCAAAUCGAAUGAAACAAAUUUAGAUUUUUAAACUCAUUAUUCUUGUUCAGUGCAUCUAAUGUGCCAAUUUCAGUAACUGCCUGGCAGUUACAAGAUGUCCAAAUUGCGAGAACGUAAUCGUCCACGUCUUUGUUUGUGGACAAAGCAACAAGAGGCUUUACGGGCCGGUCACGUUACGACACGUGAACCUAGGGGAUCGUUACGACGUCAAUCAUGGGAAAGCGAUUUCGAAGAAUUACGAACGGACAGAAUGCCUUUGAAAACGGUCAAUCGGGAUCCUUCGACGAAACGGACGAAAAAAGAAGAAACUAAAGUGACUCGACGAUUGCACAAAAUCACGGCCGAAAUGCAAACCUUGAUCGAUUAUGCCCUUGAUAAUUGUUUUGAUGACGAUCAAGUUCUGUGCAAUGCUUUCAACAUUUCCAUCACUCGACGAGAUAUCAAAACACUCGCUGAUUGCAAUUGGAUCAACGAUCAGAUUAUCAACUUUUACUUAUCUCUCAUCGUGGAGCGAAGCCAACCAGACGAACGUCCUAAAGUAUUUGCCUUCAACACACUCUUCUAUCCAAAGUUGAUGAGUUCCGGCUAUGCUGCUCUCGAAAGGUGGACAAAAGCUGUGGAUCUUUUCCAAAAUGAUGUCAUUCUGAUCCCCGUACAUUCUGGUUGUCACUGGUCUCUGGCCACUAUCUGUCCACAAGAAAAAACAAUUCGAUAUUAUGACAGCCAAGGACGAAAUGACCAGACAUGUCUUAACAAUUUGAAAAUGUACAUAGAAGCAGAAGGUAAAGCGAAGAAUAAAAGCGUGACGAGGGUGGGACAAUGGAAACUAGAAUGUGCAGAGAAUAUACCACAACAGGUGAAUUUCUAUGACUGUGGAAUGUUCACCUUACGGUAUGCCGAACAUGUAUCGCGUAAAUGCAAGAUGAGUUUCAAACAAAAGGACAUGCCUUACUAUCGUCGAAGAAUGAUGUACGAAAUUAUGACAAGGACGUUGAUUUCUCCCUAAAGUUGUGUUACGAUUGUUUUCUUUCCUUCACUAUUGUUUCAUUUAUUUUAUUUCGUUUCGUGAUUUGCUGCCAGUUUAAAUA